UUUUUUAAAACUGGCAAAACUGUUAGCCGGAAAGGAAGCAAGUACGGGCCAAGGAUACGGGAACUGGAAGUACGAGUACAUAACUUUAUACCAAAAUGAAAGUCGUAAGCAACCGCCUGUGCGGCGCGCAUGUGAAUCGGUAGACCGCUAAUUCAAAAUUUUUAGUCUUCGCACUCUUUUGGCUUUGAAUUUUCUAUUCUUUUUUCGAAGUUUGUUGUGCUCGUACCGAAAUAUCACUUAAGAAGUUACGAAAAACUAAUAAACAAUAGAAUCAAAAAUCUCGUCGCCUUUAUUCUGUACUCAAGAGUUUUGUGCUUCAAAUAGUGCUCAAGAGUUUUGUGCUUGUGUUUUGUUUUGUUUUGUGCUUCUUUUAUUAAAAGUAAGGUGUCUGCGUAACGGAAGUUUCGUUUUUUGAAAUGCCUCCGACGUCUGCUCCGGGAACCAUUCUCACCAAACUGGCGUUGACGAAAAAAAGUCAACCAGCUCCAGAAAGUAUUCGAUGCCAAAAAUGCUUACAAAAAGGGCAUUGGACGUAUCAGUGUGAUAAACCUGCUAAGUAUGCGUCGCGUCCAUCCCGAACGACAGAGUUGAAGAAAAGCGUCAAACAGCUUGAAGAGGAGCAAAAAAUUGCUAAACUAAAGGAACUUGCUCCACAAAAAAAACGACAGAAAAAUUCAUCGUCCGAAUCCGACUCCAGUGGUCCGGAUUCUUCUUCUGGAUCGUCUGACAGCGACAGUUCAUCCGGUAGUAGUUCGGAAUCGUCAUCGGAAUCUGAUCGAAAGAAGCUGGUUAAGAAAGACAGAAAGCGCUCGAAAAGGAAUCCCUCAUCGUCUUCCGGAUCGACGUUGGGCUCUGCGGACAUGGCCCAGGAAGCUGAUUCCGAAGGGGAUUAGUUGCUUAACAGACUUCCGGUUUGGAUAAUUUUGCUGAUUCUUUUUCUGUGUUUCCUUGAAGUGCGGCUUAAUUUGUUUGCUUAUGGAAAUAAACUUAUCUUUUGAGAUUUAUCCGACGUCCUGCUCCUAAACUCUGUUUGUUUAUUCCUGUUUAUUUACUUGCUUCAAGCUUUACUCGACUUUCGGCCUUUUAUUCGACCAUAAAGCAGAACUUUCUGG